GAAGUUGCAGAGCUCAUAGAGGCUCUUUUGCUGAACGAGGAGUUGCACCCGGAGGAGGCAGCAGCCUACAGGCAGCAGCAGCAAGAGCAGCAGCAGCAGGAGCAGCAGGAGCAGCAACAAAAGGAUCAGCAGCAGCAGGAGCAGCAGGAGCAGCAACAAAAGGAUCAGCAGCAGCAGGAGCAGCAGCAGCAAGAGCAGGAGCAGCAACACGGAGAACAAGAAAAGCAGCAGCAGCAAGAGCAGCAGCAAGAGUCAGAGAAAACAGAUGAUACAUCAAGCUCCGCAGCAGCAGCAGAUGAAGCAGCAGCAGCAGCAGCAGCAGCAGCAGCAGCAGGGAUUGAACUAGCUGCUGGCAUUCCUGUGUCUCUUCCUGGCGAAAACCCCCAGGAGAGAGUUCUGCGCAUCCUUAGAGAAGCCAACGCAAGGGCGAGGCCCACGGCCUGGGCCAUUCCGUCGCUGGAGCGCAUGCAGCCCCCGCUAUCGCCGCUGCUGCAGCAGCAGCUGCAGCAGCAGCAGCAGCAGCAGCAGCAGCAACUGCAGCAGCAGCAGCAGCAGGAUGAAGACAGCCCCGAAGAGGCCCGAGAGGCGCUGCAGCUGCGGCUGCAAAUUGUCCAGAAGACACUGAGAGAUAUUCAGGCUUUGGCCAAAAGGCAAGGGGCCCCCCCUGGGCGGGGUUUGUCUGAGGCGGAGAAGAGGCGGCAAGAAGAUCUGCAGCAGGAGCAAAGGGGCCUCCAGAAGCAGCUCAAGGACUUCGAGUUUAACUCCUAA